AUGAAUCAGCAACCCAUCAAACGACCCAGACUGGCUCUCAGCUGUGUUGUAUGUCGUCGACGCAAAGUUCGCUGUGGUCGUGAGCACCCACACUGUGCCAACUGCACGCGAAUGAACGAGAUCUGUGUGUACAACACGGGGGUACGCGACGAGCUUACUGGCCGGGUUCAACAUGCAUCGUUGGAUGAUCAGAGCUAUCAGUCCAAUGAAAGACCCACCAAUCAUCAUUCUGGAUCAGAAACGGGAGUAUGGCCUGGGGCGCAAGCUCCAGGGAUACUGGGAACACCAGGGUCUGAAGUGGAGUCCCCGAAUGCUUCGCCCCUUGAUCUUCGAUCAGCCUAUCCCGCAAAUCGAGGGGCAACUUCGAUUCAUACCGAUCAGACUUCGAAAAACAAAAAGAUUGUACCGAAAUCUAAUUUCAACCCUUUUACUACUUCAGAGUCAUCCUCUGCGCAAAGACCGGUUCCAAUAUGCAAAGACCACUUGACCUUCGAGCGAAAUGGCCAUUCCCGAUUUAUUGGACGAGCCUUUUGGGGAUCUAUCGCUGGAAAGGAACCCCAAACCAAUAAUCUUUUCAAGAGCCAUCAUUCUACGCAUGAAAUCGACUCAUAUGCUUCUGCUGCAAGGAUGUUUAGUCUACUGAAGAGUUUGCCAGCCAGACCGAUUAGCGAUGCCCUACUUGAGGUAUUCUUCAUCGCAGUGUGGCCCAUUUGCCCUCUCGUGGACCGGUGCACCCUGCAAAAAGAUUACGAUGACUUCUGGAACUGGUGCGAAAAAAAUGACGAGUCACUGCCAUCCCAAAAGUUCAUUGAUGACCCGACGUUUUUCUGCUUACUGUUUGCGAUUCUUUAUUGUGGUGCAUCAACCGCAUCGGAUACUCACUGGGACAGCGCUCAGCUUCGAAAUGAAUAUAAAGAUACGAUUUUGCAGCAGCUCAAGACCAACUAUACUGCCAGUCUUUCUCAAUCUCGUCAUCUAGAGCAUCCGACAAUGAACACUCUUGUCUCGACACUGUUAAUAGGACCAUUCAUUGGUCAUUCCUAUGAUUCCAUGGAACAGUCCAUUUCUAUAAGCACUACCGUGCGGAUUGCUCAAAGUAUGGGGCUUCACCGUGAAGCAACGUGGUCUGCCCUCAACCACAAGGAACAAGAAACGAGGCGUCGGAUUUGGUGGCAUAUAGUCUGGCUCGAUCUGCAGUCGAGCGUUUCUACUGGCCUUCCGCUUUGCUGUGGAAGUGAUACUAUCGAUGGAGCCAGCGGAGUUGCAUGUGAAAAUAUUGACGGAGCUGUCAUGAACUCUGAAGUCUUGGACCUUCCAUCAGUAUUCACCAUUGGUCGAUCCGAAAGCACUCGAUUGCAAUCGAAUAUCAUUUCUCACCUACAAAGCUCACGAGAUAUGACCACGAACAAGCUUUCUGAUCUUGCCAUGGAUGCGAAACAACUUGAACAAACACUUGACACCCUCAUCGGCCGCAUAUCGACACGGACAGUAGUGGAAGCGACCAGCCAGCCCACAGACUUUACAAGAUGGGCCCGCGCGAUGCUGACAUUAAUGCAACUUGAAACAGCAAUCUUAUUACACAAGCCGGUGUUGGUUUCUCCUGUCGAAAAAGACUUGAACUCCAAAAAGCUAUGGACCAGAAUUGUGCAUCUUUGCAUCGCAUAUUUGCGCGUUUUUAAGUGGCUUCACGAUACCCCAGCACUUUCAUACUAUACGUGGUACUGGGAGGGCCAAUAUGGGCCCCUGCAAUGUGCACUUCUUACACUGACAUAUCUCCAACAAUCGCGUACAUCAAGCGAGGUCCCGAAAGCUCAAUCGUGUCUUGAUGAUUAUAUACGUCUCGUUGUGGCACAAUACCAAUCCCCUGGGUCUUCGCCCGACAAUGAAGCGGCCGGUGAUAUUGACGCAGGGCAAGGUCAAUUGAAGGAACGAAUGCCAAUCGCUAUACAAGCUCUCAUUGAUCUUCACAAAAGCCUAGAUCUAUCCCUGGGCUCAACUUUACAGGCCGAAAAGUCGACAAAUACCAUCUCGGCCACUAAUGAACCUGGAUUGGACGUGGAGUCUAUACCCAAUAUGGCAGAGCCUGAAUUUGAGGCAUGGGCAGCUUUCUCAUUGUCCCAGAUAUUCUAG